UCUUCCCUCCAAACCCAACACUGCCAUUGUUCUGCAAUGUUGGCCAUUCAACCACUUCCAAGAACACACACAAACCUCCCCUGCAUCUCCCACUCUCCUCUCCCAAGAAUCUCAUCAUCUUUAGAAACCAACAACCCUAAACAACAAGCAUCCACUUCCACUCCAACACCGGGCAAGAUCAAGCGCCUCGUCCUCUCACCGGAAGGCCGGACAAAGCUCAACAGAUCACCUGAUCGAGAUUUCUACUCUUUCCCACGCUUCGUCACUCACGUCGACGAUGGCUUCAUCUCCACACUGACAGAUGUUUACAGAGAGAGGUUGAAGCCCGGGUGGGAGAUUCUUGAUUUGAUGAGCUCAUGGGUUAGCCAUUUGCCUAAGGAAGUGGAGUACAAGAGGGUUGUGGGUCAUGGAAUGAAUGCCAUGGAGCUGGCUAGGAACAAUAGGUUAGAGUAUUUCUUUGUUAAGGAUCUGAAUUUGGAACAGAGGUUGCCAUUGGAGGACUCUAGCUUUGAUGCUGUUCUUUGCACUGUUAGCAUUCAGUAUCUCCAGUGCCCGGAGAAGGUGUAUGCUGAGGUAUUUAGGGUUCUAAAACCAGGAGGAGUGUUCAUCAUAAGCUUCAGCAAUAGAUUAUUUUAUGAAAAAGCAAUAAGUGCUUGGAGGGAUGGCACUUCAUACAGCAGAGUUCAAUUGGUUAUUCAAUACUUUCAGUGUGUUGAUGGCUUCACUCAACCUGAAGUUAUUAAAAGAUUACCUGCAAAUGUUGAUACUUCUCCUCUAACUUGGCUUCUCAGAUUGCUUGGAGUGUCUACAUCUGACCCUUUUUAUGCAGUAAUUGCUCAUAAAAACUUCAAACCAAUCUAGCAAAAAUAUAGUCAUCUAAAUAAGCAAUUUUUAUAUAUACAGUCACUUUUAUUGUAAAAAAGAACUCUGUAUUUCUGAAGAUGUAACAGAAGGUUUAUAGUUGAUGUUCUUAUUUUAUUUU